AUGAUGUCCUUACUGUCACAGUCGUUAUUGGUUCUUUAUUUUUUUCAAACUUUUAUAAAUGUAUGUGGAUGGGGACCUGUUGGUCAUCAUAUAAUCGUACGUCUUAGUCAAAGUCAAUUAAUUGAUUCAACAUCAGAAUGGAUUCGAUCUCUUACUCCUUGGCAUUGGAAUGGAAAUUUAAGUGCAAUGGCAUCAUGGGCUGAUGAUGUACUUUAUCCAGAUACAAAUCCUACUGGUUAUGGUAAUUGGCAAUGGUCUCGAGAAUUACAUUAUGUCAAUAUACCUGAUUGGAUUUGUGAAUAUAAACCAGAACGAGAUUGUAUUAAUGAUAAAUGUAUUGUUGGUGCAAUAAAAAAUUAUACAAAACGUUUAGAAACUGAACUUGAUGAUAUACAACAGAAAGAAGCAUUGUAUUUUCUUAUUCAUUUUAUUGGUGAUAUUCAUCAACCGUUACAUUCAAGUUUUAGCAGUGAUCGCGGAGGAAAUAGUGUUCGAGGUUAUUUUAUGAAUGAAACAUCUCGAACAAAUCUUCAUACUCUAUGGGAUGUUGGUUUAAUAAUGAUGCGUCUUCGACGAGAUUUUCAACAGAAUAUUUCUCAUUAUUAUGAACAUAUUUAUCAAUUAAUGCUUAAUCAAUCAUCAUUUGAUGAUAAUGACAAUAAUGUUGAACAAUGGAUAAAAGAAAAUAUAAAUUUAGUUUGUGGACAAAUUUAUUUCGAUGAACAUAAUGCAAUAAUGAAUGCAUCAGCUAAUUUUACUUUAGGAGAAAUUUAUUAUCAAAAAUUUAUACCAAUUAUUGAACAACGUCUAGCUUAUGGUGGUCGUCGACUUGCUACACUUCUUAAUCAAUUAGGCAAAAAUCGCCUACAAAAACCAUCGAAUAAUAAAGAUAAACUUUGUUCUAAUAGUGUUUUUCUUAUUAUUAUACUAUGUGUAGAAAGUAUAUUAGCUAUUGCUGUGCAUGCUAUCGUAUGA